CUCCAAAACCCUAACUAUAAUCUCUCUCCAACUCAUCUUCGUCUUCUUUGUUUCUAACGUUCAAAGCGUACUCAAUUUGAAACAAUACAAAACCUGAAACCCUAAGAUCUAAUACAAAUCCAAACCUCCUAAUAAAAAAAUAAGUGAUUCAAGAGAUUUAAAAAAAGAUGAUGCCCUUUGGAGCAGGUGAAUCGGAUGAAAGGAAAGAAGCCGAUGAUGAGGAGAACAUAUUUCCUUUCUUAUCAGCCCGAUCCCAAUACGACACACGUGCCAUGGUCUCAGCCUUGACUCAAGUCAUUGGAAACCAAAGCAGCACUCAUGAUAGUAAUCAACAACCCCCUGUAGAGUAUAAUCAACAAGAUCCUAUCCAACAUGUUCCUCCUACUCAAGAUCAAGGAAACUUGAGGAAGAGGCAUUAUAGAGGGGUAAGGCAACGGCCAUGGGGAAAAUGGGCUGCCGAAAUUCGGGAUCCACAAAAGGCAGCUCGAGUGUGGCUCGGGACAUUUGAGACCGCUGAAGCUGCGGCCUUAGCUUAUGAUGAAGCAGCUCUUAAGUUCAAAGGAAGCAAAGCCAAGCUCAAUUUCCCUGAGAGAGCUCAACUAGCAAGUAACACUAGUACCAUUACCGGUCUACCAAACUAUCACUCUUCUAAUAAUCAAAUGUAUUACUCAAAUCCGCAGACCAAUCCACAAACCAUGCCAUAUUAUAACCAAUACUACUAUAACCAAUAUCUUCAGCAAGGAGGAAACAGUAACGAUGCAUUAAGCUAUAGUUUGGCCGGUGGGGAAACUGGAGGUUCAAUGUAUAAUCAUCAGUCAAUAUCUAAUACAACUUCUUCAUCUUCUGGUGGAUCUUCAAGGCAACAACAAGAACAAGAUUACGCCAGAUUUUGGCAUUUUGGGGAUUCUUCUCCCAGUUCAGGUUUUUGAGAUUCUCAUAAAAGUAAUAAGGGAUUUCGAGCGACUUGUUGAGAAGAUCAUAUGUUCCUUGAGUGUUUUCUAUUUUCGUUAUGCAUGUGUGUUGUUUCUGAUCAUUUUGUUUAUUUCUUCUUUCAAGAAUUUU